AUGAACACCGUGAUAUCCGUCGACGGCGAAGAUGGAAUGGUGCUAGCAAAAAGGACUGGUAUUCGACCGGGGCAAGAAUCUUUGGCUUUAGUUCUACGCGGAGGUUGGCAAGGGACAAGAAACGGGCAAGCAGGAGAAGAUACACCUAGGGCUAUUAGAGGUGGACCCGGCGGCACCUUAGCUGUUCAACUUUUCGAGUCAAACGUCUCACAAGGUGCGAUUCGAGUAGAGCGCGUCAACUAUAGCUCGGCAGAUCAACAUCCCCAAAGCACAGAAGUUCCCGUUGGAAGGAAUAUUCUUUUCACUGCAACCGGUGGUAAUGGGGAAUGUGGCGGUAAUGGCGGCCACGGCCAGAAUGGCUAUAACGGCACGGACGGAGUCGGAGCUUCUAAAGCUUCAGACGCAACAGAUGGGACAGAUGGAGGGAUGGGAGGGGAUGCUGGUCAAGGGUCAAAUGGUGCUGAUGGUGGCCCUGGUGGUGCGCUUCAUAUUAUCGUCCGUGAGUCAAACCUCCAUCUUCUCAUGGCCAUUUCAUGUGAUGUAAAAGGUGGCCAGGGCGGCGGACCAGGAUGUCAUGGGAAAGCUGGGGUAGGCGGAAAAGGAGGUAUUGGAGGACAAGGUUGGCAAUGGGAAGAUAUCGUGGGCUACAAGCCGUUUUGCACGGACAGUUGCAUCAAGAGAGAUGACUACGUCCCAAAAUCCACCAUAGGCCACGUCUCAUCCGCCUUGACCCGGGCUGGAUCACGAGCGAAUGCGAGUAGCAGCGCUUUUAGGGCACAACUAGGGGCACUCACAGUUCGGGGAGAUACGUUGCCACAGAUGAUGCAACAAGUAGCUAUCAGGCACAAUGCUCUGAGGCAAAGUCAAAGAAUAGAGGGAGGGGAAGCUUGCCAUUGUGGAGGGGGCUCCGCGGAUCGUUGUGCAGGAUGUGACGUGAAACCUAUAACCAAAAGAUUCACGCGCGACCCAGGACUCGACGGAAAAGACGGCAAAAAUGGGACAGAAAUUACCACUCUAUUGUCUGCUGGCCAGCCCGGCGAGUCAGGAACUGUAAACAUAGCAGUUCAUGGUGAUAGUGGAUCUAUACAAGAGUAUGACUCCGUCUGGUCACUGGAACUCGUGGAUUUCGAGGUGGAAGACGAGAACGGUGAUGGCGUGUUUGAACCAGGCGAGCACGUAUUUAUCCGAAGAAUUAGGGUUCGGAAUUCUGGAGGCAUGCCAUCACCAACCUGCCAGAUCCCGGUCACCCUAGCAAGUAAUUCGGAUUGGUUCGAAAAGGUACCGAGUGGGGAAGGAGGCGUAGCCUUUCUUCCGACAAGUAUUCCUGUUGGUGGUACCGCUUCAACAUCGGGGGCCAUCAAAGUGCGCAUCAAAGAGCGAACCCUCAAGGGUGGCAGAUCCCUAACGCCCGGAUGCAAGUUCUCCGCCAAGGAUACAUUGAGGAUAAGAGCAGAUAUCCCAUGGUUGGACCGAAAGAUGCCUUGUUUCGAAUUCUCGAAGGAGAUUGACAUAAGCUAUCCAUGUGCCUUUGGAGAUUUCCAGCAUCUGCGUACUGUUGCUCAAGGUGCGGUCAGUGUGGUCCAUUGUGAGAUCCAAAACUCUGGUCAUCGUCCGCUGGGAGAGCUAGAUCAUCUAGGUCAACAACGCGUUGUGGAGAUCCGCACAACAAUCCCAUUAAGUUUCGGUCGACUAAUCCACGAUAGUGAACACCAGGAAGUCAUUCGGCGUCUGCCGAGCAUUCGGCCAAGAGACGCUGUCUCUAUGGAGCAGCAGUUUUACGUCCUGUCUACUGCUCAGUGUCAUCGAAAGUUCUGGGUAACUUUCGAGAUCUACAUUGAAAGCCCUCUUCAAGAUCCGACUAGUGAUAUGUUGGAAACUGUCCUUGUUGAGAGCCAGACAAUUCAGAUUCAGGUUUCCAACGCAUAUAAUCCUACGCCUAAUGCGAAGAUGCUUCUCAUAAUGAACCCAAAUACUACCAAAAAGCAGUCACGAGCAAUUCAGUUGUUUGUCACAGGUCAGUUGAUGAUGGAGGUUGACAUAUGCAACGUGCAUGAGAAUGGUGGCCUUCUCAGCCUACCGAAAGAUGACUCUGAGGAACUAUGCCCCAUCACCACUGCGUACCAUGGCAAAACAGUCAUCGUUCUUGACAACGAAUUUUCAUACUUCGAUGCCGGUAUCAGGACUACGAGCCAUCUUUGGGACCCGCAAUGGCUCUCUGACGUUGCAACGAACGGUAAUUCAAGCUUGUUCAUUGGUUCUAAGGACGACGGCGCCUUGAGAAGAAUUAUCAGAUCCUCCGUCUUCCCAGUUACGGUUGAACUAGACGAUGUAGUCAAAGAAGUACCAAGAGCAAGGACUUUUGCCUCAAGCCAUGAGUUUGUCGAUUUUAUCAAACAAGAGACGCAAUUUGGAAAUGCCAAGGUCCAUAUUUCAGCCAUUUCCAUGAAGCGAUCUAAGUGGUAUCGCAUGGGACUUGAUAGCGCAAGGAAACAAGCAAAAUCAUUGGCCGCCCAUUUAUGCGGUAUUCUACCCGCACAACGAUUCUUAGUGAGUUUCGUACUCCACCAGCAUGACGCCGACGAAGAGAAUUUGCGUGGGCAGCCCACCAAGGCCAAUGGGCCGCCCGAAGAUGGCCACUUGGUCAUUCUCACCGGCGUGGACCAUCACCGCACUAUCCUUUCGACAGACAUGAGCAUCUCGACCGGAGUAUCCAACCAUGCCAAUAAUACUAUCGAUCAACUUAGUCCCUUCUUCAAGUACAGUAUCAUUGCCGCGCUGCCGUUAGUCUCAAGAUUGAACUGGCUCUGGGCCACAGAUGAAUCGAAUUCUGUCAUCACAAAGGCUAUGACCUUGUCGGUGCAGCGGGACAUAUAUAACCAGAUCAAGACUUUCGCGACAUCAGAGCAUAAACCAUUAAUAUCCAUCACGGAAGAGAAGGAACUGGACCCGUUUCUGAAAAUCCACCUUCCAUGUCUUGUUACUCUUUUUGGUGCAGAGCGGGCGAGACAAAGCAUUCCUCCACCCAAAGCAAUACUUACUGUUUUGCACUGGACAUUAGCUUGCGCCGCAUCAGCAAAGCCUCACAAACGGCUAGAAGGUCUCAUUCAGUGGAAAAUAGAGCACUGUCCAAGCACAGUGGGCAUAACCUUCCCACGAAGUGACUACAUCGACGUCGACAUGCAGUCGGAUUAUCCCGAGUCACUCCUGGAUGACAUCGCAACAGUAACCGAAACGCCAAAGAGCUUUUUCCAAACAGGGGAGUUGUCUGCAGGCAAAAUCGUACCACGCACGCGCUUUUGUAUGCCGUCGGAGUGGAAUGAUAUGGUACGGGAUAUUGCUGAGUGGCGGGGAAUGCUGAAGAAGGACAUGGAUAUCGCACGGGAAAAGCGGGAUCGUAUGUUGGUCGAUGUCAAACCGCCGGAGAUCGCGGAGCUCUCGGUGACUUAAGUUGACGAAAAUUUGGAGCUCGAAUUGCAGAGUACAUGAUGAGCCUCUAUGCUUGGUAUGCAUGUUAGUGUUCCGUUGGUCAUGCCCGCACGUGCAUUUGUUUAUAUAGUGAUGCAUCUAGGUCUCUGAAGUCUCUACACACUAAGGCCUCACCC